UGUUGACGACUUGACGUGUAUGAUUGUUUUAUAAACAAAGAGACACGACCAAAAUUUUAACCUUAGUGUAAAACUCGUGAAAAUCAAAACAUAGGGAGUAAUUUACAAAUUACAGUAGAACCUCGGAAGUACCCCGUUAAACAACACAAACCAAAUAGCAAAGGGUAUCUCCUCUUUCCCCCAAAUUGAGGAUCAACUUUGUGUCAAAAAAAAAAAAUUAAAAAAUUGAGGAUCAACUAAGAACAUUGAGAGCAAAUAACUUAGGGCUACAAAUUCAAACUUUUCCAGAAUUUGAACUUAUUCACUCGCCAGCUCAAUUUUUUGUUGAUUAAUGGGGUAUUCAGAAGUUGUCAACAACAACUCACUACCGCCCGGGGCGUUGCAGCCUUCGCAGCCGGUACUGGUACGUCCUCCGGCUGUGGCGUUCGAGGUUUCGGGCAAUGCCGCUGCACAAAUGAUGCCAUCACAAAGAGCAUCAGCAACUGCUACUAACUUUACUUAUACCGCGAAUACUGCUACAACUAGCGUUUUAAAAGAUGCAAGUGCAGUAUCUUCAUCUGGUUCGUCAGCUGCACAAGCUUCUUCUAGUUCUGAGACAACUGUAUCUGUUACGUCUAAUGUGAGUCAAGUGACAACAUCAAUUACUGGUUCCCAAUCAUUUGAAUUACACUCUGGAUUGUCUACUGGCUCGAUGAAACCUGGUAUACCAGGGCAAGCAGCUUCUGCUGUAUUGUCCUCCGGUCAUUCAGUCUCUUCCUCAGUGAUGGGUUCUUUUGUGCCUGCAGUGUUAAGACCUGGCAUGCCAGUAGUCCCGCUUCCAUCAAAUCCAGCGUUUCAACCACAAGCAUACCCUCCGUAUGCAUCUAUACCUACUCCUGGUGCUUCACCUCAACCACUUUGGUUGCAGCCCCCACAAAUGGGUGGACUGAGGCCUCCAUUCUUACCGUAUCCUCCUGCUUUUCCCGGCCCCUUUGGUUUGGCAGCACGUGGGUCUCUUCCUUCUGUUCCUGUGCCAGAUGCUCAGCCUCCCGGUAUCACACCUGUUAAUAAUCUUGGUGGUAUGCACUCAUCUUCUGUAGCUGCUCCUGGCGUUCAGCUAGUACAUAGUUCUGUGAUGCAACCCGAAGUACCACCUCCUGGGACUGAUAAUAGUAAGCAGGUUGCUGAUGCUAGUACCAAUGGUACUUUUUAUCAAAAUCAUCAAUUGGAUGCAUGGAGUGCACAUAGAACUGAUUCUGGGGCUUUAUAUUAUUAUAAUGCUAUAACUGGGGAAUCAACGUAUGAAAAGCCCUCUGGUUUCAAAGGAGAGCCUGCAAAAGCAACUACACAGCCGACUCCUGUUGCAUGGGAGAAGGUGAAUGGCACUGAUUGGGCUCUGGUCUCCACCAAUGAUGGAAAAAAGUACUAUUAUAACACCAAAACAGAGAUUAGCAGCUGGCAAGUACCACUAGAGGUCACCGAGCUGAGAAAAAAGCAGGAAAAUGACAACGUAAAAGAAAAUUCGAUUUCAAUGCCAAAUUCCAAUGAAUUAAAUGAAAAAGGAUCUGUUCCUACUAGUUUAAGUGCUCCUGCUCUCAACACAGGUGGUCGUGAUGCCAUAGCCCUUAGAGCCUCUGUUGCUCCAGGAUCAUCAUCUGCCCUUGAUUUAAUUAAAAAAAAGCUUCAGGAUUCAGGAGCAGCUCAGGUUACAUCUUUCUCAACUACUUCGUCAGGAUCAACAUUGUUAGAAGUUAAUGGGUCGAAAACAGUUGAGCCUACAGCUAAGGGCUCCCAGAGUGAAGGAAACAAGGAUAAGCCAAAAGAUGCUGAAGGAGACGGCAAUGUAUCUGACUCAUCAUCAGACUCAGAGGAUGAAGAUAGUGGACCAACCAAGGAGGAGCGCAUAGCUCAAUUCAAGGAUAUGCUAAAAGAACGUGGAGUGGCACCUUUCUCUAAGUGGGAUAAAGAAUUGCCGAAGAUUGUAUUUGAUCCACGCUUCAAGGCAAUACCUACUUAUGCUGAACGACGAUUGUUAUUUGAGCAUUUUGUUCGUACACGAGCUGAACAGGAGCGUAAGGAAAAACGAGCGGCUCAAAAGGCUGCAGUGGAGGGUUUCAAGCAAUUGUUGGAAGAGUCAAAAGAGGAUAUUGACCAUACUACUGAUUAUUAUACAUUUAGGAAGAGAUGGGGCCAUGAUCCACGAUUUGAGGCUUUGGAGCGCAAGGAUCGAGAGGCUUUGCUUAAUGAGAGGGUUCUUUCACUAAAGAGGGCUGCUGAAGAAAAAGCCCGAGCUGAACGUGCGGUUGCUGUUUCUAAUUUUAAAUCCAUGCUUCAAGAAAGAGGGGACAUAACAGCAAGUUCUCGUUGGUCCAGGGUGAAGGAUGGCCUUCGGGACGACAGCAGGUACAAAGCUGUAAAGCAUGAAGAUCGAGAGGUUUUCUUUAAUGAAUACAUAUCGGAGUUAAAGGCUGCUGAUGAUGAAGCUGAGAGGGCAGAAAAGGCAAAAAGGGAGGAACAGGAGAAAUUGAAAGAGCGCGAGAGGGAAUUUCGAAAGAGAAAAGAAAGAGAGGAGCAAGAGAUGGAGAGAGUACGGGUGAAGGUUCGUAGAAAGGAAGCAGUUGCAUCAUAUCAAGCAUUACUGGUUGAAACAAUAAAAAAUCCUCAGGCAUCUUGGACGGAGUCAAAACCUAAACUUGCGAAAGAUCCACAAGGACGUGCAUCCAAUCCUGAUUUGGAUGAAUCUGACUUGGAGAAGCUCUUUCGAGAACAUGUCAAGAUGCUUUAUGAGAGGUGUGCACAUGACUUUAGAGCUCUUUUGGCGGAGGUUAUAACUCCUGAAGCCGCAACAAAAGAGACAGAAGACGGGAGAACUGUUCUUAGCUCUUGGUCUACUGCUAAAAGAUUUCUGAAAUCAGACCCUAGGUAUUCGAAAAUGCCUAGAAAAGAUAGAGAAGCACUUUGGAAAAGGCAUGCAGAGGAAAUGCAGCGUAAGCAAAAAGAUGCUGCUGAACAGAAGGGAGAGAAGUAUAACGAAUCUAAAAGUAGGAAUUCAAAUGAUUCUGUGAGGCCUUCCUCAGCAUCCAGAAGUGGGCAGGAUUGGAGAUAGUCCUUUCUACGAGAUUUAUGUUACGAAUGAGUUGAAUACCCCAUCCGGUCGGGCAACUUUCUCUUUGGCCUACUUCCUCUCAAACCACAGGUUUGAAGUUUAAACGUCUUCUGAGCGAUAGUGGAUUGGAAAUUUUGGUUAUAUCGAAGGUUUUGAUGACUUGCUGAUUGACAUUGCUGCACGUGGAAAACAUAGAACCUAACUGAGCUCCAUGAGAGCAUGCUGCAUGUCGCAGAGAGAUGAAGAUGCUGUGAUAUUUGCAAGACACCAUCACUAAAUCACCUCAUGCGAGAGUCUGAUCUGUAGACAAUAGUACAAUACAUGAUAUAGUUGGAUGAAUUAGAAAAAUACAUGAAGCCUAGAAAAUUGUAGCAGUAGGCUUUCAUCCCCUUUAUUUCUCCCUAUCAACAUUCUGUUGCGAAUAUCUUCUGUACAUAAUUAUUAAAUUAGUUUUUUGUACGUAACCUAAAUUAAGGGAUACUUUCUGAUAGUAACUGCUAACUUUUCUCCAUAUGUAGUCUGUGGAUUUGCUCGUGUUCGUCAUAAUUUUAUAUUUGCUACUGUUUCAAUG